AUGACUAAGGAGAUAAAUGGAAUAUGUAAAACUAUUGUAAGAGAAAUCAAAGAUUAUUACCGUCAAGUAGAGAAUGACGUACGUCAACAGACGGACGAAUAUUUGACCACCGUCAAACAGCAAUUGGAAACUUAUGAAACAAAAGUACAGUCCGAUUACACCGAAAUGACAAGAUUUAUAGAUGACAAAAGCAACAAAAUAACGGCAGAAGUUAAGGCACUCACCUCCACGCAGGUGAAGACUUUAGAGGCUGAAAAGGACAAGCAAGAAAUGGACAAGAUUUCCAUGCAGAGUAUUCGUGAUUUCGCUCAGCAGCUCACAGACACCGGUUCUGACGCCGAGGUCAUGACCCAUUCUAAAACACUCCAAACUAGAAUUGAGGAAGUACAGUCAUUAGAACCAGUCUUUGAUACCAAGAUUACCGACAUAACAUUUACACCAGGUCAAACAAAUAUGGACGUUGUGCUAGAGUUUCCUAAAAUCCCUGAACUAAAGUUGUCUAUCAAAACGAAGUUCAUUAUAGCCAAAACAUACCGGGGUCCCUUGGAUGCAUGUUUUGGAAGUUUGAAACAAGAAAGAGCGUACUGUCCCGAGCUGAUAUGUUUUCAGAAGAAAACUAGGCUUGAUAGGCAAGAGUGGAAUAUUUGUUUUAGUGUUAAGGGUACCCUGUGGGAUAUCCAGUGCACAGAUGACGGGUGUAUUUUAGUUGUACACGGAGGCAAAUUCUGUGGUGAUACAGUGUCCGUAUUCUCCAGCACAGGUCAAUGCAAACGUGAGAUCAGUAUAGAAGGAGGGGUGAGGUGUAUCACUAAAGUCAGUAACAAAAAAUUUGUUGUCACAGGCAAAGAUAAAUGUUGUAGACUGUAUUCAUUAUCAGGUCAGGCUAUCCGGUGUUUUGGUCAGGGUGAUAUGUCUGACCCCAGGGGUGUUACAAGUGGCCGUACAGAGUGCGAGGUGCACGUGUGUGAUAGUAGUGCACAGUGCAUCUGUGUGUACGACAUGAAAUAUUCUCAACUUGUAAACAGAUAUCCUAUCCCAAUGUGCAGUAAAGGUUUACUGUGUUGUGCAUACCACCAUGGCAUCAAUGCAAUCAUAGUCAGUAACUUCAGUGCCCAUUGUGUGUAUGCAGUAACACCCCAGGGUGACGUCAUGUUCCAAUACGGAGUACGAGGUAAGAGUGGAAGUGAAGACGGGCAACUGAGUUAUCCAGGAGGAGUGUGCGUAGAUAAGUUUGGAAACAUAUUCAUAGCUGACUACAGUAAUAACAGGGUGGUUAUCCUUGAUUCAGAUGGGGGAUUUUUAUGUAACAUUUUGACAAUGAGUGACGGCAUUUGGCGUCCUGUGUCAGUUGAUGUCACUAAUAACGGGGAGCUUGUGGUCGGAACUGGCCCUGGUAAAAUACAUACAUAUAAGUAUAUAGAUUAUAAAUGA